AACGCAGGAAAAAUUCUCUCUCUCUUCCCUCUCUCUACAAGUACUCGCGGCCCAGAGAAAAAGAAAGAAAGAAGCCAACAAAAAACAACCCCAGCCGAGACCGAGAGAGAAAAAGAUCUUGUGGCGACGAGCGAGCGAGCAGAUAGAUAGCGAGGUCGACCGGGACAAGGUUGGUGAGACGAGCAGAGCGGACCAGAGCGAUCAUGUCGUCGGCGGCCGGAGGGGACGGCAAGGUUAAGAACGCGUGCGAGCUCUGCGGGGCUGCGGCGCGGGUGUACUGCGGCGCCGACGACGCCACGCUCUGCUGGGGCUGCGACGCGCAGGUGCACGGCGCCAACUUCCUCGUCGCCAGGCACGCGCGCGCGCUGCUCUGCCGCGGGUGCGCGCGGCCCACGCCGUGGCGCGCCGCGGGGCCCCGCCUCGGCCCGACGGCCUCCAUCUGCGAGCUCUGCGUCGGCCGGGGCCGCGGCCGCGCCGCCCACGGGGUGGCCGGAGAUGGCCACGGCGAGCAGAACGAGGAGGAGAUGAUCGAGGACGAGGACGACGAGGAGGAGGAGGAGGGGGAGGGGGAGAACCAGGUCGUGCCGUGGGCGGACGACGCGGAGGCCACGCCGCCGCCCGUCGCCAGCUCCACGUCCAGCAGCAGCCGGGAGGCCGCCCCUAACGCAAAGGAGGACCCGCCGUGCUCCACGUCGCAGCCGAGCCUCUGUAACCACGCCUCGCCCGCACGCCGCGCCGGCCGGAGCGACGAGGCCACCUCCUCUCGGAACGGCGGCCGCUUGUUCGCCUCCCGGCACAGGAAGAGAUCGACCUCGGAUUUCCUCAGCUCCGGGCCGGCGCAGUCGGUCAGCGGCACGCCAGCGAGGAAUCGCUCUAGCGCGGCCUUUGGUCGGAACGACUUUUCAUGAGGCAACUGG